AUGAGAAAUGAGAAAGCAGAAAGCAGAAAAGAUAGAGGAAAGGGAAAAGAGAAGGGGAAAGAAAAGGGCAAGGGGAAAAAAGGAGAAGGUAAAGAAAAAGGGAAUGGUAAAGAAAAAGGGAAUGAAGAGGGGAAUAAGCGAAAUGAAAAACAAAAUGAACAAGCGAAAGGAAAAGGGAAGGAAAUAUGUGAAGGUAAAGGAAAAGGGAAGGGGAAAGAAAAGAAAAGGGGGAAGAAGAAGAGAAGAAAGAGGAAGAAUAAGAUAAAUAAAAAAAAGAAAGAAAAAGAAAAAGAAAAAGAAAAGGAAAAAGAAAAAGAAAAAGAAAAAGAAAAAGAAAAAGAAAAAGAAAAAGAAAAAAAAAAGAAAAAGAAAAAGAAAAAGAAAAAGGAAUAAGAAAACGAAAGGAGAAGGAAAAGAAAAGAGGAACGAAAGGGAGAGAAGAAAAAGGGAAAGAAAUAUGCAAAGGAAAAGAGAAAAAUAAAAGGAAGAGAGGAAAAGGGAAAACAGAGAGAAGGGAAAAGAAAAAGGAUAAUGAAAAGAAAUGAAAAAGAAAAAGAAAAAGAAAAAGAAAAAGAAAAAGAAAAAGAAAAAGAAAAAGAAAAAAAAAGAAAAAAAAAAAAGAAAAAAAAAAAAGAAAAGAAAGAAAAAGAAAAAGAAAAAGAAAAAGAAAAAGAAAAAGAAAAAGAAAAAGAAAAAGAAAAAGAAAAAGAAAAAGAAAAAGAAAAAGAAAAAGAAAAAGAAAAAGAAAAAGAAAAAGGAAAAGAGAAGAGAAGAGAAGAAAUGGUAAAUAAUAAGAGAUAA